UCAUCUGCACAACAAAGCAAUAGCCUAACAAGACAAUUUUUCCAAUCAGCGGGAAGAGCAGCACUGAGGAGACAUAGGAUGGUGUUACACUAGUAGAGGUUUUCCUGGAACAGGUGGGUCUUGAAGCAUCUCUGGAAGGUGGAGUGGGAAUCUGAUGGCCAUGUGUGCUUCAGCAGCUCGUUCCACCGUCGGGGGAACCACACAUGAGGAACGUCUGGAGUGAGGCUUCUCAUGUGAUGGAGGGAGCUCUAUGUAGCAUUGGGAUGCUCAGAGGUGCUGUAAAGGGGGGGGGGGGACUUAGGAGAAUUUCAAGGGCCCCAGAUUGACAGGGGCCCUAAAAAAUUUGGAACAUGAUUGGAUUGGUCUGGAUUGGGGGGUGCAAUAUGAUAUGGGGGCCCAAAAUCUCUAGCAGUGCUCCUGGGUAUACUGACCAAAGAGGGCGAAGUGACACUUGGGUCUUAGGAGCCUCUUGAUGUAGUUGGAUGCCUGAUCUAUCAGUUUUAUUUUGAUUUCAAUUGUUGCUGCCUGAUUUUGCUUAGCUAUAUAACCUUUUUUUGUCUGAUCCUUUUCUACUCUAAUGCUCAUCUCAUCUCUUUUUUCCUGAAUUAUCUGUAUAAUUUAGAUCACGUAUAAUCAGACAGAGAUUGGCAUCUGUCCACAUGUCAUUCAUUUUUAGAAUACUGGAGCUGCAGUUAUCUAAAUAAAACACACUCCCUUCCCCUGUAAAAUGUAAGUAAACAUCAAUGCAGGCAAUGAAGCUGUGCGGUUGGGGAGGGAAGGGGGUACUAUAUAUAUAUACACAAACAGAUACAAGCAAAUGAAUGGUUGUAUGCACAUGAAAUUUUACUGUUUCCUUACUCUAAGUGAAAUUCUGUGAAGAGAAAAAAUUGCUGUAACAUUUGAGUCACUGCUUGUUCAAUUAACUCAAUAUGUGUAACUGUAGGUGCGAUUGUGAGCGUGGACUUCAACUGAGGCGUGAAGCGCGCGCCUGUGUAUUUGGUUCCCUUAGAGGUGGGAUAAAAGGGGCCGUUUAAUCACCUUUUAACAUAUACAUGCCAAAUUUUUACCAACAUGGUUACAUAAUUGGAAACGGGUAAAACCCAUGAAGACUACGCCACUUGAAGAUAUGCGGGGAAAGACGCGCGUCUUCGUUGUUGCUAAUUGUUUCUCGGGAUCAGAAUCCACAUCCUGUAAUUAAGUAACCCCCCCACCCUUCGUUUUGUAUCUUGUCUGCAACACAGACGCGCUUGACGGCUCGCUAUAUUGGAGCGACGGCUUCUUAAAUGCGUAGGGCUGGCAGAAGAGCAGGAAAGGGCAGAUGUCACUAAUUGCAUUUCUUUAGCAGCGCAGGCAAGCGCGAUGUGGCCUCCAGUGAGAGUCAUUUACGGGGCGGGGAAGCUCUUAAGAUGAAGGCAAACUUUAGCGCAGGUGUUCAGACCUUUUUAAAUCGCUAGCCACCCAAGGUGCAGGGAAAAUCCCAACAGUUGAUGCACAUAUUUAAAAAGGAAAACACACUUUAAUACGUCCGACUGUUUCGUAUAGUACUUGCCAAAUUAUGUAGCGGUACAAUUUUCGCUUUUACGUUCACCUAAACCGUGUUUAGCUAUUAAAAUUGUAAGUAGAUAAGUUAAAUGUAAAUUUUUGUUUCAAUGACAGGACAGUAACGAUUAAAGCGGCAUUGUGAUACAAUAGGGGGCGACACUAAUCGGCGCAAAUCGCGUCGAUGCACCUUAUCAAUGUUAUAAAUGGUUUUAUGCACAUAUGGCAGUGUAAAUAGGCUACAUUAAUCAUCUUUACAAAACAUAAAUGUAUUUUUUUCAGAUUUAAAGCAGGGAUUCCCAGUUUUAAAUAUGUAUUUUCUAAUAUGACUCUGCCAGCAGUAAGUCAUCUAUUUGGUUACAUAUUUAAUCUUUGAAUAGCAAAACGAUUUCUUCCUGUUUAACCAGUAUACUAUAGAGCAGUUUUCGGUUAUUGUACUAUUAUAUAAUCAUUAUUUAUUAAACUGCUUAAGACGGUGAUAAAGCAUGCUUCUAUUUCUUAUCUGAAAGUUAAAACUUUCGACCCUUUUAAGAUCUAAGAAUGACCCGACAUAAUAGGGGCUCCACGCUGCAGUACAAUAGGCUGCACUGCGCUCCCGUUUCCUCUCAGCACGCAUCGCCGAUAAUCCGGCGCCCAGCUCAAAGGAUCCCCCUUUUUUCUUGUUGUUUGAUCGGAACCAUCAACCUCGUCUAAUUCGGGCUAAUCUCCGUGGGGUGUCAGUGAUCCGAUCAUCCCGUGUUAUCUCGGCAUAGCUCCUCUAUAAUGGGGACAUUAUCCUCUCCAUUUUCAUAGUUAUCUGUGCAUGUUACAGAUGUUGAACAUAACAGUGCCGAUCAGUGGGCACAGGUUUACCAAGGGUCAAGUUAGCUUGGCCAUUCUUCUGACUAAGCUAUGAAUUAUUUUCUCUACCAGAUAUAACAGAGUUUAUUUUGAGUGCUAUUUUCAGUCUUCCCUGAACCUGCCUAAUACAAAACAAACAUUACAUAAACAAGCAAUUUUUAUUAAGACUGGGGAAAACAGGAUUUCAAGACAAACACCAAUGUUAAGUAAAAAGUACCCAAAAUAAGGAAAAGCGUUAAAUAAAAAUAUUGUAUCCAUUAAUCUUUAACAUACAAAAGAAAAUAUUGCAAAAUACAGUGUAUACCAUUCGUGCAAUUUUACUAGCCGUGCAAUAUGUGUAAUUAUAUGAUAUAAGAAUAAAAAAUAACAAAAGUUGUUUAAUAAAAUUAUAUUGACCAAGAAUAUAGUCGUAGAAUUUGCUUUAUUAAAUCUGCCCCCGUUCUUCCCAUUAAAAUUUACGUCACACUUAUUAGAAUAUACAUUGCGAAACAGGAGGCGUGGUCUCUAGGGUCUCGACAUAAAGCUCUCCCGAGGGACCCUCAUUCCAGUGGAUUGCUGGAAAAUUGACUCACUUUACAGGACAAUGUCUGCCGCGACGCCUGACGAAAGAAGCGGAAGGAUUUUUUCCAAACCACUAAUGGAGAAGCGCCGGAGAGAUCGCAUCAACAACAGUCUGGAGACUCUGAGACUCUUACUUUUAAAGAGUACAGGCGAUGAGAAACUCCAGAACCCCAAAGUAGGUAAGGCUGAGAUCCUUGAGAGUGUGGUUCACUUUCUGAAGAUGAGACAGUCAGUGUGGCCUGAACCCCAAAUGACAUGCGGAGGAAGAAGAGGCCAGCAGACUGAGGAAGAAGUCAGGGUCUCCUGCGGACACUAUCAGGACCACAGGAGGUGCAUGAAGACAUGCCUGCUGAAAGUAGGCCGCUUCAUUACAAACAGGAGCCACAAGCUGUUGGUCACCAUGGAGUGCGACAGGGACGGCCUGUUCCAGGGACCUCCAGUGCAACCUUCAACACAUUUCUCCCUGACGGCGCCCCCUACAGUCGCUCCUGUCCCCCAUGACCCUGCAUUGGCGGUGGCCUUUGGCUCAGGCUGCCAAAUGCCCUCCCAGCACCUGGGGCCAGCUGCCUGGGUGCCCCCCACAGGCUCAGCAGUGCAGAGACAGGCCCUGCAGAGACUGAGCCAGGGGGCUGAUGAUGGCGGUGACAUGAAGCCCGUUCCAGAGACACAUGGGGCCCUUGGCAGUGCAGUGUGGAGACCAUGGCCACAGUAGCAAAGAAAACACAUUCCUCAUAUUCCGGAUUACACCAGCUGGUUUACAAAUGUUUUAUCCGUCCGCCCAUCCAUCCAUCCAUCCAUCCAUCCAAACACCCACCCAUCCAAUCAACCAUCAACCAAUUUAUUUUCUAAAUCGAUCAUCUGUGUGGGAGUUGUGUGCAUUUUUUAUACGUGAAAAAAUGUAUGUAUACAUGCAUGGAUAGCC